GACAAGCUUUGCACAUGCUAUGCAAUGUUCCAGUGCAUGCUUCUUUUUCCAUCAUUGUUAGCGAGCGCCGCGCAUACAUUGGGUGUUACACGCGCUUACCGGCUAGCGUUAGGCUUCGCACUUCCAAUACCAUUCGGUUUAGGUGCCAUCACUCCUCUCUCAGAAUCUCUACUGGACGCCAUUGUGCUGCCUAACUUGAAACAAUUGCAGCCAUGGCGCGCCCAACCGUCGUCUUUAUCGUGCCGCUCAUCCUGAGGCUUUCCUUGUUGGCAGCGCUUGUACCCUCCUUAGUGCGCUCAGCCCGCAUCGGAGCCGCAUCCACAAUCCUCUCCGCUGCUGUUCUGGACAAGAAUCCCCUCCCGGGCGUCCGCACCAGUGCCGGUAACAACGGCCCCGCCGCCGGCAGUUGGCAAGCCAACGCCGAUCCCAGGACUGCAAACGUGGCUGUGGACCUUCCCAUCUUUACAGCCGCAUCUACAGCUUUGUCUGUCGCUGCAGCAGCUAAAGCACGCCGCCACGGCAGCGUCGCAGGCCUGCACCAGCCCCUUGAGCGCCUCCGCGUCCCAGCUGUCAAACAGCGCCUGGAUUCACAAAUCCGAAUUCAGUCUGACCGUCAGGUUCUGGAGCGCGGCGCUGGCGAGUGGUUCACAGUGUCUUGGUCAGGCGUGUCGGAUCCUAUGUACGACGAUUGGAUCGCGGUUGUCGUGCCCGCUGACGCGAAUCUGACCCAGACGGCCCCUGCCAAAUGGAAGUUUGCGGCAGGUGACCCGCAUCACGUCCUGACGGGGUCAGGUUCCCUCAGGUUCCGGCUGAUCAGCUAUCGGGCUGAUGUGGCCUUUGCGCUGAUGCGCAACGGCUUCGAUGCGGCGGUGGAGGUGGCUCGCAGCCAGCCGGUGAAGCUGCUGCACCCCAACGAGCCGCUCCAGCUUCACUUGGCCCUGACUGGAGAUCCCAGUGAAAUGCGGGUUCAAUGGAACACGCGGGAUGCCGGGUCGCAGCCCCAGGUACGGUGGGGUGAGGCAUCGGUGAAGUACGACAACAGUGUUGAAUCCACAUCCGCCGCCUCCGCCGGAAGCGCCGGUCCCGCCUACCCCUUCUCCGCCAACGCCACAAGCAGCCGUUAUGAGCGUGGGGAGCUUUGCGGCGGCGCCGCCACCUCGGUGGGCUGGGUGGACGCGGGCAGCCACCCCUCGGCCCUCAUGACGCGCCUCAAGCCCGCCACCCGCUACUACUACAGAGUGGGGGAUCCGACCAGUGCCGACGGUUGGAGUGAGGAGCAGUGGUUCUGGGCCGCUCCCGAGGCCUCACCGCACGCCACCGUACGAAUUCUGGCGGUCGCAGACAUGGGGCAGGGAGAGCUCGACGGUUCCCUGGAGGGCAGCGAGAUGUUUGCCUCCCUCAACACCACCCGUCGCAUGGCCGCGGAGGGAGGCGGGGCGGCAGGAGGGGUGGGAGCGCCGUACAGCCUGUUGCUGCACAACGGCGACUUGUCGUACGCCAGGGGCUACGGCACGCAGUGGGACAACUUCAUGCACCAGAUCCAGCCGCUCGCCGCCCGCAUGCCGUACAUGGUGGCAGCGGGCAACCACGAGAGGGACUGGCCGGGCUCGGGAGACAUCUUCCAGGUGGAGGACAGCGGCGGCGAGUGCGGGGUGCCGAUGGAGAGGCGCUUUGCCAUGCCGUACCAGGGCACGGGCAAGCAGUGGUACGCGUUCGAGUACGGCCCGGUGUUCUUCCUGCAGUACAGUACGGAACAGCCUUUUGAACCGGGAUCAGAGCAGUACGAGUUUAUAGUGCAGACGCUGCGCCGCGUGGACCGCCGCCGCACCCCCUGGCUGGUGAUGGGCGGCCACCGGCCCAUCUACAUCGCCUCCACCAACACCAUGUGGCCCGAUGGAGACCAGCACGUGUCGCAGAUGCUGAGGGAUGCCCUGGAGGAGCUGAUGAUGGAGUACCGGGUGGACCUCACGUUGCACGGCCACCACCACAGCUACCAGCGCACCUGCCCGCUGUACCGCGGCGCCUGCCAGCAUGCGGACGCGGAGGGGGUGGCGGGCGGCCCGGUGCACCUGGUCAUCGGACAUGCGGGCGCCGGCCUCAGCAUGAACAUCAUGGACCCGCUACCGGUCUGGCUCAAGAGCCUGAGCCUCUGGUGGGGCUACGCGCGGAUGGAGGUCAGCGGGACGCACCUGUCAGUGGAGGUGGUCUCUGACGAGGACGGCCGCCUGUUGGACAGCUUCCAGCUGCGCAAGCCAGCCAAUUGGGGCGCCAAGUUCAUGGAGCGCAGGGAGCAGUCGGAGCUUGCGCUUGCACAGCAGCGCCAGGAGCGUGUGAAGAUGUGAGGCGAUGAGCUGUACGAUAGGUGUGUGGAGAGAGAGAGAGAGAGACUAAAGAUGGCAGUGACGAUUUGAGGGAUUACUAGUACCGCCCUAGUGUGCCUUACAAGGCACUGCCGCAACACAUUGUGAGGGGAUGGCGGGGCUCCGAAAGCCCGGGGAUAAGCACGAGCGACGGCAUGGUGGCUUGUUGCGGCCUUGUACAUGUGUACAAUAUCAGGCUUCUGUUGUACGUUAUGUGUACUACGAAAUGUACCAUUA